AAACUUUUCCAUCAGUUCCCGCAAACUCGCAUGUCGCAUUUCGCAUUGUUUGAAGUUGGAAGCUUAAGUAUUGUUAAUUUACUGAUUACUUUUGAAUUGAAGUUUCUUUAAAUAUCAAGAAGCUGUAGUUGUAAUGGAGGAAGAUAGCUCGAGAGCUCCUUGGGAAAAUGUAGAUAGUAGAUCUGAAGCAUCAUAUUAUGUUAGCAAAAGAGACAUGAUGCCAUCUUACAAUUCCAAGUUCUCCGUUAUUCAAGAUGCUCUAAACGAAUGCAACAGUAUCAAGUAUGCAGCUUACCGAACAGCAGCGAAAAUGUGUGUCCUGCAGCGAGCUCUGGGAAUGGAGCAUGUUCGUUUGAGUGUUAUCGCUGGAGUUUUCCAGAAACAUGGCUAUCAAGCGACAGAAAAUGCACUGCUCUUGGACUGCACGGAAUUGGAUGCUUUGCUGUCUGAUGUAUUUUUCGCCGCUUCCAAAGAAACCCGCCAAUCUCUGGACCUUGAAUACUUGACAGAAAUGACAGUACAUUUCUUGAUCAGCUCGUUUGACAAAGACCACAAAGGAUCAAUACAAGUUCUGUCUGCAAAAAUAGCUUUGGCGACAUUAUGCUCAUCCCGACUUCAAGAGAAGUACGAUUACUUCUUCACCCAACUCGCUGAUCACAACAACUGUCUCAACAAAAGGAAACUCAGUCUUCUCGUCGAAAAUUUUGUAUCAAUGACAGACUAUCUGUGUGAAUCUCUGUCAUUCUCCUCGAACCUCAUCUCAUCUACAAUCAGCUCUUGUUUUGAGCAGGAAUCCCAUGGACCCCUUGGCAUCAGUGAAGAAAUGUUUAUGAAAUGGGUGUUGAAAGAGCCUCAACUUUUGGUUUGGUUCUCCACUUUCUACAGGCUACGGGCUGCAGAAAAAGUUAGCCAUUCAGUGAGAUGCGCUGUUUGUAGAAUGUACCCAAUUCGAGGUCUGCGAUAUCGUUGUUUGCAUUGCAUAUCUUACGACCAGUGUCAGACAUGCUUUUUCCAUGGCUGUGUAAGCAAGCGGCACAAAUUGAAACAUCCAAUGCAGGAAUACUGCUGGCAGACCAAUUCCAAAGACGCUACGUUGUCUUUCUUGAAGGCGCUGAUGAAUCGGUUUUGUGGCAACUCCUCUCGUCUCCAAUACCUACCAGCUCAGCCAUCUGAUUCAGCAGCAUCUACUCCAACAUUAAAUAGCAGAACAGUGGUUGAUGCAGCAGAGGCAGAGGAGCAGAUGGAGGAGGCGGAGGUGGAUGAUGGGGGUGGGGGUGUGGUUGAGCCGCAGCAAGAGCUGCAGAGCAUCAUCAGCCAACUGGAGGCGGAGACCAAGCAGCUGGAUGUGGAGAUAGAGCGGCUGCGCGGCGCAGGGCGCGCUGAUGUUGGCCACAACCUACAUGAGCAUCGAAUGCUGCUAGGGGCGCAAAUACGCCGCUUGAAGAUAUUGAAGAGUCAUUUACAAUCGAUGGGCCCGAGAUACAUGCAAAGUACGCCGAAGCACAACGCCCACUUCGCGGUCUACCGGACACCAGGCUUCAGUCCGAUCGACAACCAGCCGGCAGACCUGGCCAGUCUGGUCGACAACUCGGGCCAAGGCUCGGUCACACUGGACGAGCCUAGCACGUGGAUCGGCGGUAAGCCCACUCGAGUCGAGCAGCAUCUCAACAACAUUUCCGACUGGCUGAAGGUGCGGACACACAACUACUUGCGGCCUGCCACUACGGACGAUGACCACCGGUCGCUGAUCGCUGCCACUGGAGAGCAGCUGGAGAUCAACGAGCUGCAUCACGGAUUGGACAAUAUUCUCGACAAACUGCAGAAGAUGCUCGCUUCCAACUUCUCUCUGGCGGAAAGUUCGAAUGGACAAGAAUGCCAGGAGCUGGCCGAUGUCAAGAUGAAAAGCUCUGCUGAUUUAAGGUAUUUCGCAAGUGGAUCCACAUUUACUGAUCUCUAUUACUUGUAUAGAAUGGGUAUGGUCUCAUCCAUUCGAUCCAUUGUAGUAAAAGUGAGCAAAGGUAUUUGGACAGUUAUGAGGAAAGAAUGUAUGCCUGAACUUACUAAAGAAAAGUGGGAAGCUAUAGCAUCAGGGUUUGAAAAGCAUGCACAGUUUCCUCACUGUCUUGGCGCCAUAGAUGGGAAGCAUAUUCGCAUUACUUGACCAAUGCAUAGUGGAUCUAUGAUGUACAAUUACAAAGAAUAUUAUUCUGUAGUCUUAUUGGCAGUUGUGGACUCAAACUAUAAGUUUGUUUAUGUUAAUGUGGGAAGCUAUGGCAAGGAAUGUGAUUCGUCAAUUUUCAAAGAGCCAACUCUGUGUAAAUCCAUCAAAUCUAAUAAAUUGGAACUACCCGAUGAGAUGUGUCUCCUCGGAAGUGAGAGUCCAAAAAUGUCAUAUUUCUUUGUCGGUGAAGAAGCAUUUGGUCUCAACAAAUAUUUAGAGACCGUUUGGUGGAUCACACCAAUCAUUGAAGAAAAGGAUUUUCAACUAUAGACUGUGCAGAGCUCGAAGAUAUGUGGAGUGUGAAUUUGGAAUUUUGACCAAUAAGUUGCAGAUCUUCCAUAGACCCCUCAAUGUAGAACCAGAAUUUGCAGUGGAAAUUGUUAAAGCUUCUAUAUUACUCCACAACUUUGUCCGUGAAAGGGACGGCUACUCACCUGAGGACACAACAACAAUUAUUGGCCUUGAAGCCAUAUUACCUUGGGAUAAUAUGGCAAGAGGAGGACUCGAAGCCAACUCCACCAGAAAUAUUUUGAGUGAUUACUUCCUAACAAAUGUUGGAUCUGUUCCAUGGUAGAUGAACAAAAUUUAAUAUUCUUGGUUUUCCCAAAGGAAAUCAACUUUUUUGGAGAAGGAGUUAUGAUGUAGAAAAUGCCAAGAAUAUUACCAAGAUGAGUAAUUUCCACAAAGUUAGUUGACGAUUUUUUAAUUACAGUAAUAUGUAGUAUAUUUUAAUGUUUUUGUAAUUUGAUAUGAUAAUUGAAUAUUUGAGCACUCACCAUAAUGGUUUUUUUCGUUAUCCUCCAACUCUUCAAAUUUGCUGUUUAGCUCCUUACACACUUCCAUCCAUGCAUUUUUUGUGGUUUUGUGGAAAGCUGUGAUUUCGCAAAAGUACAUCAAGUAUUGCAGAUUUCUCUACAAUACCUUCCAGUAAAUGCUUCAGAGGCCAGUACUACUAAAUUUGACAUUUGCGUUAUUCAUACUGUUAACGAUUUUCACCCUACAGAACUAGUUCUAGGGGGUUCUAGAACUAUAGAAUGAGCUGGCAACACACUUGAAGUUAUAAUUGCUCUUUAUUGUACUCUAAACUAAAUAGAUGAAAGAAUUGAUUCACUAAAAUAAUACAUAAUAAAUUCUACUACAGGCAAUAAAUUCAAUCAACUAACAAGUAUUCAGUUGAUCAAUAUUACAAUUAAUCACUUAUAACACAGUACUCUAAUAUUUAGAGUUUCAUUAACACAGUAUGCAGCACUAUCACUGUCUGUAUCUUAUACCAGGACUCUGUAUCACAGUUCGCAUAUCAUGUAUCUUUACCACUGUUCUGUAUUAUCACGUGCUUGCGUAUCUGUAUCACCGUCCUGUAUCUCAUAUCUUGAUACAUCUGUCACGACAAAAAUAAUUUUUGUGUAGUUGAGAAGUUGAUAUUGUGGUAAUUAUUCAUAUUGAAUGAAAAAGACUAAGAAAUUGUCAAAAACAACAGAU